UUCUCUCUCUCUCACACACACACACACUACCACAUCUUCUCAUUCUCUCAGGACUGCUCCGAUGGAGAGAGUAGCGCUUUUGCGCUCCUUAUCCUGCUCUGCCACCGCAUGCCGCCGCCUACUCUUCCAUUCUAGAACCAAGUCUCGCCUCUUCUCCUCCAAUCCUCACAGGAAGAGGCUCCAUCUUCAGCAGGCCCGCGCCUUAUCGUGCUCCAGUACUCUCCGUUGUUGGCCUUCGGCUCCCCCUUCUUCUCUUCAUUUCAGACGAAAAGCCGUCUCCUUUUCUCCUCGGGCUAUCUCCACCUCUCCUAGUCCUCUCCCUCAAGACAUGGAUACAGACCAUGAUCUUGCUGAGAAACUUGGAUUCGAAAAGAUUGCUGAACAGACCAUUAAUGAGUGUAAAUCAACUGCUGUGCUUUACAAGCAUAAGAAGACAGGGGCAGAGGUUAUGUCUGUUUCAAAUGAUGAUGAGAAUAAAGUUUUUGGCGUUGUAUUUAGGACACCUCCGAAAGAUUCAACUGGUAUACCUCAUAUACUUGAGCAUAGUGUAUUGUGUGGGUCAAGGAAAUACCCUUUGAAAGAACCUUUUGUUGAGCUGUUGAAAGGUAGUUUGCAUACUUUUCUGAAUGCAUUUACCUAUCCUGAUAGGACUUGCUAUCCAGUUGCUUCAACAAAUACAAAGGACUUCUACAAUCUAGUUGAUGUUUAUUUGGAUGCUGUCUUCUUCCCGAAAUGCGUUGAGGACUUCCAGACAUUUCAACAAGAGGGUUGGCAUUAUGAGCUUAAUGAUCCAUCAGAAGAAGUAUCCUUCAAAGGUGUUGUUUUCAAUGAAAUGAAAGGAGUAUACUCUCAACCAGAUAACAUUCUAGGCCGUGCAUCACAACAGGCACUUUUCCCAGAUAAUACUUAUGGCGUUGACAGUGGUGGUGAUCCAAAAGUCAUUCCAAAACUUACAUUUGAAGAAUUCAAGGAUUUCCAUCGAAAAUAUUACCAUCCUAGCAAUGCUAGGAUAUGGUUCUACGGAGAUGAUGAUUCAAAUGAGCGUCUUCGUAUCCUCAGUGAAUAUCUUAAUGAGUUUGAAGCUAGUUCAUCCUCUGACGAGUCAAAAGUUGAACCACAAAAGCUAUUUAAAGAGCCUGUGAGGAUAAUUGAACAAUAUCCUGCUGGUGACGGUGGUGACUUGACAAAGAAACACAUGGUUUGCAUUAACUGGCUUCUAUCUGAUAAGCCCUUAGACUUGGAAACCGAGCUAACACUCGGUUUCUUGGACCAUCUUUUGCUUGGUACUCCGGCUUCUCCACUCCGAAAAAUACUUCUUGAAAGUGGCUUAGGAGAUGCUAUUGUUGGUGGUGGAAUGGAAGAUGAACUUCUUCAACCUCAGUUCAGUAUUGGACUGAAAGGUGUCUCUCAAAAUGACAUCCAUAAAGUUGAAGAAUUGGUUAUGGAAACACUUAAAAACUUAGCAGAGGAAGGUUUUUCUCCUGAAGCAGUAGAAGCAUCCAUGAAUACCAUUGAAUUUUCUCUUAGGGAGAAUAACACUGGUUCCUUCCCGCGGGGAUUAUCACUGAUGCUUCGUGCUGUUGGGAAAUGGAUAUAUGAUAUGGAUCCAUUUGAACCUCUAAAAUAUGAAAAACCAUUACAGUCUUUGAAAGCACGCAUUGCUGAGGAAGGAUCCAAGGCUGUUUUCUCUCCUCUGAUCGAGAAGUAUAUCUUGAACAACCCUCAUCGUGUUACAGUUGAAAUGCAGCCCGAUCCUGAGAAAGCUUCACGCGAUGAAGAAGCUGAGAAAGAACUUCUUGAAAAGGUUAAAAAAAGUAUGACUGAAGAGGAUCUUGCUGAACUAGCCCGUGCUACCCAGGAACUUCGUCUAAAACAGGAGACUCCGGAUCCACCUGAAGCUUUGAGAUCUGUCCCAAGUCUUUCAUUGAAGGAUAUCCCCAAAGAGCCCAUACAUGUCCCAACAGAAAUUGGCGAGGUUGAUGGAGUUAAAGUUUUGCAGCAUAACCUUUUUACAAAUGAUGUUCUAUAUUCAGAAGUUGUAUUUGAUAUGAGCUCGCUGAAGAAAGAACUCCUUCAACUGGUUCCAUUGUUUUGUCAGUCUUUGCUAGAGAUGGGCACAAAGGACAUGGAUUUUGUGCAACUCAAUCAAUUAAUUGGAAGGAAGACUGGAGGAAUUUCUGUUUAUCCUUUUACAUCAGCUGUACGAGGAAAAGCAGAUCCAUGUACUCGCAUUAUAGUUCGCGGUAAAGCUAUGGCAGGAAGAGUCGAUGACUUAUUCAACCUGAUGAACUGCAUUCUUCAGGAAGUUCAAUUGACAGAUCAACAACGGUUCAAGCAGUUUGUCUUGCAAAGCAAAGCAAGAAUGGAGAACCGGUUACGAGGCAGUGGUCAUGGAAUUGCAGCUGCAAGAAUGGAUGCCAAACUUAAUGUUGCCGGAUGGAUUUCUGAACAGAUGGGUGGUGUUAGUUAUUUGGAAUUUUUGCAAGAUCUUGAGAAGAAAGUUGAUGAUGAUUGGGAUGGAAUUUCUUCUUCUCUCGAGGAUAUACGAACAGCAUUGAUCUCCAGAAAAGGUUGCUUGAUUAAUAUGACGGCAGAUGAAAAGAACCUAAUCAAUUCCACAAAGUUUGUUGCCAAGUUUCUUGAUUCACUCCCAAAUUCUUCAUCCACUGUAAAUGAAUCAUGGCAUGCUCAGCUUCCUUCAGUAAAUGAAGCGAUAGUGAUUCCAACCCAGGUUAAUUAUGUUGGGAAAGCUGGUAACAUAUAUGAUUCAGGAUAUCAGCUCAAAGGAAGUGCAUAUGUGAUUUCUAAGUACAUUGGUAAUACUUGGUUAUGGGAUCGUGUUCGAGUUAGUGGUGGUGCAUAUGGAGGUUUUUGUGAUUUUGACACUCAUUCAGGAGUAUUCUCCUACCUGUCAUAUCGUGAUCCUAACUUACUGAAAACACUGGAAGUGUAUGAUGGCACGGAAGACUUUCUCCGGGAAUUAGAAAUGGAUGACAAUACCCUUACAAAAGCGAUCAUUGGCACCAUUGGAGAUGUGGACUCAUACCAGCUGCCAGAUGCCAAAGGCUACAGUAGUAUGUUGCGAUAUCUACUGGGUGUCACGGAGGAAGAAAGGCAAAGAAGGCGGGAAGAAAUCCUGUCAACCACCUUGAAGGACUUCAAGGAGUUUGCAGAUGCAAUCAAGGUGGUCAAGGAAAAGGGUGUUGUGGUUGCAGUUGCAUCUCCUGAUGAUGUCGGAGCUGCCAACGACGAGCGACCCGGAUUUUUAAACAUUAAGAAGGCACUCUAAAAUUCAUAUCUGCUCAAAAUUCAGACACUGAGUAUAACAAAAAAUAUUUUCAUGCUUUUGAAUUUUAUGCUUAUUUCUAAACACCCAUAUUCAUGGAGGUGUUUAUACACAUGUAGAGAACAUUUAAUUUAAUUACAUUCAGAGAUACUAUUUUAUAACUGUAUCAUAUAAUUCAAUUUCACAUGAAAAAAAGUUUGUA